CCGGAAGCCGCGUGUUCCGGCGGCGAGCCGUGGCGCGGCUGCCGUGCGACCAUGGGCCGGAGGAGAGCGCCGGACACCGCGUCCCUCGGCCGGGCCCUCAUCCGCCAGCAGGCGCAGCGGAGCCGUGGCCACCGCCACCCCGACGCCUGGCUGCACACGAGCGAGCUCAACGAUGGCUACGACUGGGGCCGGCUGAACCUGCAGUCUGUCACCGAGCAGAGCUCCCUGGAUGACUUCCUUGCCACCGCGGAGCUCGCGGGCACGGAGUUUGUAGCUGAAAAGCUUAAUAUUAAGUUUGUACAUCCUGGAACUAGAACUGGACUACCAUCUUUUGAGGAGAGUGAGAGAAUUAAGCAGCUCCAUGAAGAAAACAAACAGUUCGUGUGUAUACCAAGGAGACCAAAGUGGGACAAAAAUACUAGCCCAGAAGAACUCAAACAAGCAGAGAAAGAUAACUUUCUAGAAUGGAGACGUCAGCUUGUCCGGCUAGAAGAGGAACAAAAGCUGUUACUAACGCCAUUCGAAAGAAAUUUGGACUUUUGGCGCCAGCUGUGGAGGGUGAUUGAGAGAAGUGAUAUUGUGGUCCAGAUAGUAGAUGCCCGGAACCCACUCCUGUUCAGAUGUGAAGACUUGGAAUGUUACGUAAAAGAAAUCGAUGAGAGUAAGGAGAAUGUCAUCCUGAUAAAUAAGUCAGACUUGUUAACUCCUGGGCAGCGGAGUGCUUGGGCAGCACAUUUUGAAAAAGAAGGUGUGAAAGUGAUUUUCUGGUCUGCUUUGGCUGAAACCGUUCAACUGGCUGGUGACCACAAGGAGCAAAGAACUGAAGCUGCUGGAGAGUCAUCUGGGUUGGAAGACUCGAGCAGUGCCGGGAGUGAGGAGGAUGACAGUGAGUACGAGGACUGUCAGGAGGAGGAGGAGGAGGAAGGCUGGCAGACGUGUCUGGAAGAGGACAGUCCAGAUGAAGAGAGUUGCAGCCAGGACCGGCAGGAAAGCACGCGUGUGGAAUCCGGGGCUCAGGGGAGAGAGACCCCACCAACGAAGCCGAUACACAAUUUCAGCCACCUGGUAUCAAAGCAGGAAUUACUGGAGAUCCUGAAGGAGCUGCAUACUGGGAGGAAGGCAAAAGAUGGGCAGCUUACUGUUGGGCUGGUGGGCUACCCAAAUGUUGGUAAGAGCUCAACAAUCAACACCAUCAUGGGCAACAAGAAAGUGUCCGUGUCUGCCACGCCUGGUCACACCAAGCACUUCCAGACGCUGUAUGUGGAACCUGGCCUCUGCUUAUGUGACUGCCCCGGCCUGGUGAUGCCAUCCUUUGUCUCUACCAAGGCAGAGAUGACUUGCAAUGGGAUCCUCCCUAUUGACCAAAUGCGAGACCAUGUCCCGCCCGUGUCACUUGUUUGCCAGAAUAUUCCGAGACAUGUUUUAGAAGCUACCUAUGGCAUUAGUAUAAUAAUGCCUACAGAGGAUGAAGAUCCUGCUAGACCGCCAACAUCAGAAGAACUGUUAACCGCUUACGGGCGUAUGCGAGGUUUCAUGACAGCACAUGGACAACCUGACCAGCCUCGAUCUGCGCGCUAUAUCCUAAAGGAUUAUGUCAGUGGUAAACUGCUGUACUGUCACCCUCCUCCCGGAUGCGAGCCUGUGGCCUUUCAGCAUCAACACCAGCAACUCCUCGAGAUGAAACUGAAGGGUGAUGAAAUAAAAAUACGGUCUGGAGGGAAUAAGAAAGUCAGGCAGAUUGAAAACGUUGUCGAUGAAACUUUUUUCCAUCAAGAAAAUGUCAGAGCUUUAACCAAAGGAGUUCAGGCUGUGAUGGGCUACAAACCUGGCAGUGGCCUGGUGACAGCAGCUUCUGUGAACUCUGAGAGCAGGCUUGGGAAGCCCUGGAAGAAGCAUGGCAACAGAAAUAAAAAAGAGAAGAGUCGCCGACUCUACAGGCACUUGGAUACAUGAACGUGAGCCGCAGCGGAAAUGGCGUCUGCAUUGUGCACGGGCGCUGAAGCCUACCUGCCCGGCCCUGUGGUGCUGUGCGACGGAGCCCCGGAGUAAGGUCCAGACUGAAGGCCCUGGCUGGCCAGCUCCAGCCAACGUAGAGUUCCUGGAAUACCAGAAAUCUGAUAGAGAAGACUGAGUGUAAGGAGAGGGGUGAGCAAUGAGUAUUUAUUUGUGUCAACACGUACACAAAUGCAAUCAUUUGUAAUUUGAAAGGUAUUAAAAUCAGAUCAUCUCUAAAUGUGUUUUAGUGGUUUACAUAAACAGGCUGCCAUUGGCUCAGCCCACAUUCCUUUUUUUUUUCUUUUUAUAGUCCACAAUUUUUAAACACUGAAACAUCAGUGAGCUUUUAGGUGAAUAUUUUGAGUCCAGUAUUUAGCUUAUUCAACUUCCCUCUCAUGCAGACCACAUCUUGGAAGGAGAGGCAGACAUACGUGAUUUUUUUAAAAAAGAACAGUCUUUGUAAACCUUGCUCCACAGGGCUGGAGAGAGUGCUGAGGCUAAGACACUGUUGCGUGUGGGCACUCCCAGCCCUCUCAAACACACUACCACUACAGAGGAAGGCAGGUGUUGGUGUUGGGCACACCUGGCGGUGCUCAGGGACCAUGGGGCUGGGAAUCCCACCUGGCCUACUCCAGCCCCCAAAGCCUGUGUUUUGUUGUUUUAGAGCAACUGUUUGUAAAGGUGAGGAAAGAGACCCCCAGUUGCCUAGUUUGUAUUUGAGGCCUUGGGGUCCCUGCUGUCCUUAGUUCUCAGCAGUAGUCAAGCUGAGUUCGGGUAUCUCCCUUUUUCUUUGAGCCUCAUUAGCCCUUGAGCCACUCAUAUUCUUACUUUGUUGUGUCACAAAUACUUCUAAGCACCUAACAAGUCAUGGAUGUUUGCUCCAGUUAAAAAAGUACAUUUCCCCAGAAUGUGCUUUCCUGAACUGUAUCAGAUUGACUGGCCUUCCCCUGCAAGUUCACCCAUGAAUGCAGAUAAUCAGCCUUGCUUUAAAACUUGUCAUACAUUUAAAUAUUAUUUGAAGAUACGUUAGACUGGAAAAAUUUUUGCUUGACUCAUUUCACAAAGUACUUACCAGCUCCCACAUAUCAGGAAGGACAGGGACAGCAGCAGUCGAGCCAUGACACAGCAGAGAGGGACUGGGACUGUGGCAGGUAGGCCUGACCUUGGAAAGGAGUCUAAAUGUUUCCUCCAAAAUCACUGGGUUAAAGGAGCAGUGCGAUAUGCUCUAAUGUCUAUUUAAGAGACAAGGUGGUUCAUAGACAUUUGGAGAUGUUAAGCUAUACCCUUGAGAUUCUAAAAUGAAAAGGAGAAGAAAAAGUAGUUGAGCGGGACUACAUUGCUGGGGAUUAAACCAUGCAUAGCAUGCACUUGGACCCUUCAGCUAUCUCUGCAGCCCUGUGCAUCAACUUUAAAUGACCCUGGAAAGUGGGAGCUGAACCCAUCUGGCAUGGGGUAGGAAUUCAAGAUAAGGAAGCACCUGCAAAGGCUGGAGAUAAGUAGUAGUGAAAUCUGUUACAUGUAGGAAGAAUCUGUCACUUGUCAUAAAUAAAGAUAAGAACAUUUAUAGUUUGGGAUUGGGUGGGGGGUAGGGAUUGGCCCUGGUAGAAUUUUAAUAUUCCUAUUGAACUGGACUUGAAGGCACUGUAAACUUGGGGGUGGCAGGGAGGAGUUGGUUUUUGGCUUUAAAAUUAAAUUUAAGGCAUCAGGUGAAAGGUUAUUCCAGUCAAGGCUGAGGCUGAGGAGAGGGCAAGCAGUUUCAGAAGUGUAAACCUCCGUUAGUGACAUCGGACUUCCAGUCAUUCCCGUUUAGAGCAGUGAAACCUGAAAGGCAGUGAUGGGAGAGUAACUAGCCCUGCUGCAUGGGAAACGGCCUCUGCCCCUCACUAAUGAGCAGGCUCAGGCCUGUAGCAGGAGCUUUCACUCCAGACACAGUAUGUACUUACUCAGUAGUGCAGUGCCCAGAACCUGAGACUGGGAGAGCAACCUACUAGGUUCCCAGGCUUUGAUUUCUAUAGUAUUGAGAUUGUUCCAUGCAAGUUCACUAUUUAAAUUACACAGUUUGGUCUUUUUCAGUCUAUUCAGGGUUGUGUGACCUAUCAUCACAGUCAAUUUACAUUUUUAAUCACCUUAGAAAGAGACCCAGGACCAGAGAACUCCACAGGCUGAAGUGCAGGCUUUGCCUGCAAGAGGGUCUUGUUUGAUCCUGGUACAUCAUAGUUCCCGAGCACUGCCAGGACUGACCCCUGAGCACUAAGCCAGAAGUAAUUCCUGAGCACUUGAGGAUGUGGUAUAAAAAUGAAAGAAACACAGUACCUUUAGUGAUCAGCUCCCAAUCCUUUCAUUCUGACCCCCGUUUCUAAACUACCAGUGAAACAUUUAGAGAUUUUCCCUCUUCUGUACGAUUGACAGAGAUGGUGUUACCUACUGUAGGAUCUCCAGCAUAUGCCUCGUGUCUUUAGGUUCACUAAUUAGGGACCCGAUCAUCCAGUGGUUAAGGCACUUGCCUUGCAUAUGGCCAAUUCAGUUCAAUCCCCGGUACCACAUAUGGGCCCCCAAGCACUACUAGGGAUCACUCCUGCAGACAGUCAAGAAUAACCCCAGAGCAGGGCUGGAACAAUAGCACAGCAGGUAGGGCAUUUGCCUUGCACGAGGCCACCCAGGUUCGAUUCCCAGCAUCCCAUAUGGUCCCCCGAGCAUCGCCAGGAAUGAUUCCUGAGUGCAUGAGCCAGGAGUAACUCUGUGCAUCGCCAGGUGUGACUCAGAAAAGGUUAGCUUAAUAUCAAAACAAUUGUAAACCAAAUAACCUCAAUAAAAAUUACUAGGAAAAAAAUUAAAUGCUUUAAAAAAAUAAUUUAUAUUUAUUUCAAUCCUUUUUAUUGCUGAAUAAUCCAUUGAAAGGAUACAUUUUGUUUCUUCAUUUUUAGCUAGUAGACAGUUAUUUUCUACUUGCUGGCUAUUUUGAGUAAUGCUGCUGUGGAUAUUUCUGUAUAAGUUUUUGUGUGGACAUAGGUUUUUCAUUCUCGUGGGAGUAUAGCCCCAAGUUACUGCACCAUUUUAUUUUACAUUGCUCACCAGCAGCGUCCCAGGUUUCCAAUUUCUCCAUAUAUUUGUUCUCAUUUAUAAUCUUUUAUUUUAAAGGAAUUUGCAGGGCAUGAGCCAAGGGCCUUACUCGCACUUGCAUAGUAAGUGCCCUCCUCCGGAGCCCCUCCCCCAGCCGUAUACUUUAACCUUAGUACUGUAUCUCUGCUUUGCGGUCCUCGACCUGUGAUGUUGAGCAUCUUUUCAUGUGCCUUUUUGGAAUAAAUGUCCACUCAUCCUUUGCCCAUCCUUUAACUGGGCAGUCAAAAAUGUUUUCUGCCUUUCACUUGGGUGUCUUCUUUUUGUUGUGGGCCCCUCCCAGUAGAGCUCAGCCUGAGCAAGACUGGUGGUGCUCAGGCCAUGCCCAGACGCUAGCUCAGCUGUGCUCAGGGUCCCCCAGGGCUUUGUCCAGCAGCUCUGGGGCCUCGUGUCCGCUAAGCAUGUGCUGUCUACCAUUUUUUUCUAUUGCCCCAGCUCCUUCAUUUUCCUUAUAGUCCUUGGAAGCACAUUUUAAGAUUUGGGUGAAGCUCAGAUGUAUCUACUUUUCCUUCAGCUGCCCGUGGAUUUCAGUGUUAUGUUUCAGAAAGGAUUGCCAAAUUCAAGAUUACUAAGAUUUUUCAGUUUUCUUCAAAGUGAUUUAUAGCUUUAGCUAUUAUAUUUCACUCUGGUCUAUUUUGAGUUGCUUUUGUACACUUUGUGAAGUAGCUGACAGGAUCAUUUUUCCCCCCACCUGCAUUGUUUUGGGAGCCACCUUUGCAAAAAAGUUGCACCAAGAACACAAAUGAGAACUUAGUAGUUAAGAGAUAGUACAGUCUUACGGCACUUGCCUUGCACACAGCUGGCCCGGGUUCAAUCCCCAGCACGUCAUAUGCUGUCCUGAGCACCACGAGGGGUGGUUUCUGAGCACAGAGACAGAAAGAAAUAAGCCCUGAGCGUGGCCUGGAGUGGGCCAGAAACCAAACAGAAAAAAAAAAUUUUUUUUCUUUGCUUUUUGAACGCAUAACUUUGAGAUUGAACAUUCAUGAACGUGGAACAAGAGCGAAGGUUAUGAUUGACAUUUCUGCAGUGCUGAUGGUCAGAGCUGUGUGUCUGUGGAGGUGCCCCCACCUCACUUCCUUCAGCCUAGUGGUUUCCAACCUCCGAUCCACAGGAAGUUCCGGUGGUCCAUGAACUUUAUCUACUGGAUUCCUGCCGGGCUGGGCAUGGAGCUCAGCAGCCAAGCACUUGUCUUGCAUGUGGAGGGCCCUGGUUCAAUUUCUGACACAAAAAAAAAUCCACAGCAAAACCCUCAAUAUAUUGCCACUUAACACAUGAUACGACUGAAUCAUGUAGCAGUACUGUCAUAAAUACUGAUACAUAAACUUUGAGAGGGGGGAUGG